AUCUGUGUUCUAUACAUGAAAUGAAAAUAACACCGUGUUUGUACAUAUAGCAAUUUAUAUGUAUUUUGCAUUAUAAUGUCUAUCCCGUAUAGUGGUACGCUUCGAAGGUCUGGAGGAGUCGUAUCUGCGAUUGGAAAACAAUUAAGAGGUGUAAAUUUAAAAGCUGCCAAAAGAAUUACUGUUAAAUUUGACCCAUUUGGCGAUAAUGUAACUCACACGAGGAAUUUCCUGCAUUAUAUCAGUUCACCAAAAAUUGCGCUGACGAACCCUAACUGCGCUCUCAAAACGGAAAUUGUCUGCGAUCGCAGUGAACCCACAGUUGAUGUUCUUCUUGCUCCUUCAGUAACAGAAGCUUCAAAAAUAAACAAAGUUACCUUGAAAACUGGAAACCUAACUUGUUUAGAAAUUCUGCAACAAAUAAAUAAACAUAUUUCAUCACUUGCACCUGUAGAACAGCCAGCAGCGACUAUCCAAACCAAAACAGAAAAAAAGAAGAUCAAAAAGAAGUAAAUACUAUCAAGAUGACGAGGGCAGGUAAAGGGAACCUCAAUGUUGUUGAGGAGUUAUACAGCCAGAUACCAGCAUUCACUGAUGUCUUCUCUGAAGACACAUUCUACAUAUUUGUUGUUUUCUUUGUUUUGUCAACAUUAAUGGUUGCCUUUAUUUUGUCUAAGUUCAUCACUAUCAAACCUGUAGAAUAGUAUGUAUAAAUAGGUAUUUAUUGUGUAUAAAAUUAUCUUAAAAGUUUAAAAUGUAUUCAAAUACAGCUAAAUAAAAAGUU